AUGGCUACCUUACAAUCAAAUAUGUCACUCCCUUGGAGCUCCUCAGAUGAGGUCAGUUGGCGUCAAAACACAUCAUAUUACGCAACAACGUCGACCGAGCAAAAGGCCACACGAAACUCAAGAUUCAGUCCAUUUUCAGCUUGUGACUCUACGCCUGAGCUUGUCGCCGAUGAGUCGGCCGACAGCACUGACAGUUCGCCCGGUUCUCCAGUAUCUCAGUACGCGGACGAUGACGUCCAUGUUGAGGAUUCCGAUUACAAUACUACGAGCGUGUCCAGAGUAACGAAAACUAGACCCGAGUCGAUACCAGCAAUGGAACUGAGCAAGGACUGGUGCGGACGAGAAUGGGACCGACCGAAUAGGUCAUCCACAGGUAGUCCAUUAUCAAACGAGCUUCAGCCAGAGCAUUGUAGAAAAGUGAAGAAAGUGGCAACAUAUGCCCUUAAAAUGAAGAGCACCAAGACUGGGAGAGAACAUACCGUCUUGGUGAAUUUGCACAACAAAAAGGAUGUUGCGCUUGCACAUUUGGAAUCAAAGAUGUGA